UCCUACGCUGAUCAUGAUUAUAUCGAGCGUUUGAGCACUUGAGCCGUGCCGCCACGUCAAUCACACACAGAGUCUCUAGAUGCAUACCUAUUUUGCACCGAUGCGGUCAUUCCGCCGCAAGUAUCUGUCAUUCACGCAGUGUCAAGAAGACAAACCUAUCCGGCUGACUCGGACUGCCAGCGUAGUCCGGAGCUCAAACUGCAAACAAUGAGCUAUAUCGGAAGCAAUUCCCGUGAUUCUCGUGUGCGUACCCCAGCUCCACACGCACCCCACCACACUUCCAUUGCUCGCCGUCAGUGUCCGCUCGGCGGUCUCCACCGUAGUGCUUAUCUCCGUGUCCCGUCGGCUUAUCUCUGUUUGUACUCCGCCUUUUCCAGUGCGUAUCUUCCUGAACCCCACACUGGGGAAUCCUGCGUUCUUCAUGUGAGCUGCAGAGGUGCGUAUCGCGUAUUUCACUGCGUCAACCUGCCUCGUUACCAUGGAUCCCCGGGACACGAGGCUCUGCUUCAUUGCAUUCAUACGUCCGGCUCUUGUCUCCACAGUUUCCAGAAUGUGUUCCAUCGCAUCUCAUCGAGCUUCCCAUCCAGAACCAACAGGACCAUGGGGAAAGCAAUGAUGCUUACUGGUGGAGUAGGCGGUGAACUCGGUCUUCGUGCGUUAUCUGCUUAUACGUGGCACAUCUUAUCUACAUUAAUAUUCGUGGUCCCGCAGAAGCACCCACAUAUGGUAAUCCUAGGUGUUCGGGCUUGCAUACUCCAUCGCACCAAACAGAACGAUCUAGUAGGUGCGCGAUGGGAGAUAUCGCGUUCGAUAAGAGCUAGGACGUUCAUGCACUACUUGUCACUUGGACUCGUCGUCUUUACAUACAAGGCUAGAGCUCAUGCCACAGAUAGCCAGUAGGUUGCAUUCUGCGGUGGUCCCGGUUAUACCGGCACUCGCAGUGAUCGGCUGGCUGGCUUUGAUAUUGUUCUUCUCUCAUCCAUUCCGUCCGAGAGCCUCGCUAGAAGCAAAACAAGGAAUAACUCCGUGUCUGACAUUAGUACAAUGCGCAAUGUGUACAGGUUAGCAUAUCUAGCUGAGCAUGUAUAUCAGCUACAGCCCAUUGUGCUAGUGGCCCCUGCGGGAAAUAGGCGCAUAUUUUAAGCUCU